UCCGGCUUCGUGUGAACGGAUCGUUCCGAGCAGCGCGAUUCCCGCUGUCGCGCAUACACCUUUGAUAGGCGUGAGAUGAGCAGACGCUAGACGGCGCGGUAUCUUCGACACACGGCGUAUCAGCUUCCAAGUUCAAGUGGUGUUCGAUCGUCGUGACACACACAACAGCAACAACUCAAAGAAUUAGCAGAGCGCCAUGAUUCUACGGACCGCUGUUCCCACGAUCGCCGUGUUGCUAGGCCUGGUGGUAAUCCGGACGGUUAGCGCCCAAUCCUGCUGUGAAUCGUACUGCUACAACAAUGAUCUCGAGCGCAAACAGGUGCAACACUUUGCCACUAAAACCGCCUAUGAGGUGAUCCGUGUUCCGGACACCGAUAAGCAGCAUAUUGUACCGAAUUGUCGCCCGGUGAAAUUCUGGGCCCUUAAUCGUCACGGUACCCGACUACCAUCGAAGGGAGACGUGCUCAACUGGCCAAAACAGCUGAAAUUGCUACAGGAUGCCAUACUGGAGAACUACUUUACGCGCCGCACGCUACCGGAUAACGGGCGAAUGUGCGAGGAAGAUCUGGAGUUGCUGCGACGGUGGAGCUGGAACCCGAACAUUACCGAACAGUACGAGUCGGUCCUGACGACGGCCGGUUGGGAUGAGGUGAAGUACUUGGCCCAGCGCACCAAGGAACGCUACUGGGAGAUCUUUGGCCCUACGUAUGAACCCUCGAAAUAUCACUUCCGUCACAGUAAAACCCAACGAACGGAGGCAAGCUUCAAGGCGUUCGUGGAAGGUUUGUUCGGGACGGAGGAAUCGAAACGUGUGAAACCGGAACCGGCCACCACGCCGGAUCAUCUGCUGCGACCGUACGAUGAUUGUCAGGACUAUCAGAACAAUGUGGCACGCGAGGAACGGGACGAGAAUGCUGAGGCCAACAAAUUCCUCCGUACACCCGUCUACACCAGUACGGUUUGGGACAUUUCGCAGCGGUUAGGUUUUCGGCACAAUUUGAGUAGCGAGCAGAUCGAUGCCAUGUGGGGCAUUUGUCGUUACGAGCAGGCAUGGUUCCUUUCUCGACCGAGCCCGUUCUGUGCCGCUUUUACCGAGGAGCAGGUCAGUGUGCUCGAGUACUGGGAGGAUCUGCAGUAUUAUUAUACCACCAGCUACGGUUAUGAGCACGCACCGAACCUAGCCUGCCACGUGGCGGCCGAUAUGCUGAAGCAUCUUGAGUCGGUCAGUGAACCGACGGUGGUGUCGUAUUUUUCGCAUGAUACCACCAUCCAGCUGCUGCUGGCCGCUCUCGGUGCGAAGCGGGAUAGUGUUCCAUUGCGGGCCGAUAACUAUGCAACGAUGCGUAACCGUCGGUAUACCUCGAGCGACGUACCGUUCGGUUCCAACAUUGCCGCCGUCAAGUAUCAGUGCACUGAACCACAGGAACCGGUGAAGGUGAUCUUUUUCCUCAACGAAAGGCCCAUCAUGCUGGACUGGUGUCGGGUGGGGCUCUGCAACUGGUCCGACGUGAAGCGCCAGUACCAAAGAUUCCGCGAGGCUAACUGUGACCAGCUGUACUGCCACGGAAGCGGUGCACCAGGAAUGAGGCUUUCAUUUGCUCUGCUGCUGCUACUGACCGGUGUUCAAGUGGUGGCAUGGAUGCGCCGGCUGUGAGGCUCCGUGCAGCGCAGAAUAAAGUAGCAAACAAACCUCAAACAUA